GCUUUAAUUGAAGAGAUCCAGUUCAAACAAGAGUAAUUGUGACAAAAUAAAUGCUAAUAGUUCAGUAUACAUACAAUGUAUCAAUACUGAAAUUAUUAUGUAAGUGUCUACUCUCACACAAUUACAUCCCACUCACAAUAUAUUCUGUGCGACAGUGCAAGGAUUAAUGGUUAAAUUGGAUGCAGUCAAUGUACGGAUCGCCUGUUAUUGUUUACAUUUUGAAACAGCGUACGGACUCUACUUAAUGAGGGUGUCAUUUCCAGUGAACGUUCGGUUAUUAUUGAGUAAUGUUUUAUUUCGUUUUUCAUGUUAGUAAAAUGCUUUGACAAGUAUUUCAAUCAAUUGGUGGCGAUGAAGUAUCUAAUCUGCUAUGCUAACCAACACAGCUAGCUAGCUAACCAUAAUAGCUAGCCGACUGGCGACAAAAGCUAGCGAGUUAUUUGCCGGGUCUAGUUAUCUACCUAACGCUACUGUAGUACGCUAACUAACCGAUACAAUUGAUUGGUACCACAUUGUCAGUUUGUCCAUUGGAUAAAAACAUCGUUUAUGUUGCUAGCUAGCUACCUGCCUUAGGAAUGUCAACGUUUGAGACCAGACAACGUCGUCAAUGUAGCUAGCUAGCGAAUUUAGCUAACGUUAGCUAGUUAACAUGGUCUCAAAUUGUAAUGACGUGUUAAUGUUACAUAUGUUAUUUAAAUAGUUAUUUUCCUAGAGUUGACAAUUGUAGCUUUUGCUGGGCUAACCGAAGCGCAGCUAGCUAUAGCUCUCGAAGAGUGUCUAAAAACUUGGAUCUCGAGGAUGUUCAAAUGACUUGAGAAGCAUAGCGCAUUCUGAGCUGCAAAGGUCUAGGCAAGACCAGAGGAAAACACAGCACCAACUAAGUCUGUCCAUUUUGCCUGACCUUAGGGGUGCACAAUGUUUAGUGCAGCUCAGAGUUCCAAGUCUGAGUUUCUGGACAAAGCCAGGCAGGCACGUGAGGAGAGGAAGGGGUACAAAGCAAGGGACAGAGCAGCCACCCUAAUUCAAGCGCUGGUCAGGAGAUUCCUCUGUCGCUGCAGACUCCAGAAACAAAUAAGGAAAGAAGUUGAUGACUUAUUCCAAGAUGCCGGGACCACAAAAAGAAACGCACUAUCUAUUUUUAAAAUUGCACGGAAAUUACUAUUCAUUUUUUGCCAAGAUGAUAAGUUGAGAUUUGAGAAGCUUUGUCGCUCCAUUCUUGGCAGCAUGGAUGUUGAAAAUGAGCCCAAAGUUUGGUAUGUGUCAUUGGCUCUUUCUAAAGACCUCACCAUCCCUUGGAUCAAGCAGAUUAAAGAUCUCCUGUGGAUCUCCUGUCAGUUCCUGAAAAAAUUAAAGCCUGACAUCAUGCAGGACAAUAAGCUGGUGACUCUGUACCUCACCAUGCUGGUGACUUUCACAGACACAUCAACCUGGAAGAUAGUGAGAGGGAAAGGCGAGGCCCUCAGACCAGCAUUGACCCGGAUCUGUGAGAACAUCAUGGGGCAUCUCAAUCAAAAGGGAUUUUAUUCAAUACUGCAGAUUCUACUCACCAACGGAUUGGCACGCUCCAGACCCUCACUUACCAAGGGCACACUCACAGCAGUAUUCACACUGGCAUUAAGACCUGUCAUUGCUGCUCACUUCUCUGACAACUUGCUGAGGUCUCUCCUCAUCCACAUCAUGUCUGUCCCAGCAGUUGUCUCCCACAUCUACACCAUCACCCCAGAGUCCAUGACCACCAUCCAGACCCACGACCUGUUGAGGAAGUUCAUCCUGUUCCUUAGCUGCGAGGAGCAGUGUGUCGACAUCUGUGUCUGCCUGGAGGGGAGCCACACACUGUGCUUACUGGGUAACCUGAUUCACCUGGGCUACCUCAACGAGAAAGUACUGGAGGAGGAGGCCAACCACUUUGUGACGGAACUGACGGACAUGCUGUCCUACUGCCAGAGAUACGUGUCCCAGAAGAAAUCUAACCUCACCCACUGGCACCCUGUCCUUGGCUGGUUCUCCCAAACCGUAGACUACGGUCUGAAUGAGUCCAUGCCACUGGUCACGAAGCAGUUGCAGUACCUGUGGGGCAUGCCUGUGAUCCGGACUCUCUUCAGUGAUGUCCUCAGCAAAAAGCUGGAGACCCAAGAGCCCACGCCUCCGCCACAACCUACCACAUCCCAAAACAACCUGCCAGUCAAGAGUCUAUUCAAGCGGGCAUUUCAGAAGUCUGCCUCAGUACGAAACAUCCUGAAGCCAGUUGGCGGGAGACGGGUGGACUCCGCAGAGGUUCAGAAAGUGUGCAGUAUCUGUGUACUGUACCAGACAGCCCUCACCACGCUCACCCAGAUACGACUGCAAAUCCUUACUGGCCUAACCUACCUGGAUGACCUGCUGCCUAAGCUGUGGGCCUUCAUCUGCGAACUAGGACCCCAAGGAGGGCUCAAGCUGUUCAUAGAGUGCCUGAACAACGACACAGAGGAGUCUAAACAGCUGCUAGCCAUGCUCAUGCUGUUUUGUGACUGCUCCAGACACCUCAUCACGAUCCUGGAUGACAUUGAAGUUUACGAAGAGCAGAUCUCGUUUAAGACGGAGGAGCUUGUAACCAUCUCCUCAUUUCUCAACACGUUUGUUUACAAGAUGGUCUGGGAUGGCAUCUUGGAGAAUGCCAGGGGAGAGAAGCUGGACCUGUUCCACAGCGUUCACGGCUGGCUGAUGGUGCUUUACGAGCGGGACUGCAGGAGGAGGUUCUCCCCUGAUGACAACUGGCUGCGCAAGGAUCUAAAGCCGAGCCUUUUGUUCCAAGAGCUGGAGAAGGGCAAGAGGAGAGCUCAGCUGUUACUUCAGUACAUCCCACACGUCAUUCCACACAAAAACAGGGUCCUGCUGUUCCGAAACAUUGUCACCAAGGAGAAGGAAACCUUGGGAUUGGUGGAGACCAGCUCCGCCUCUCCGCAUGUCACCCAUAUCACCAUUCGCCGCUCACGGAUGUUAGAGGAUGGUUAUGACCAGCUCCGCCGGUUGCCCGUCAACUCCAUCAAAGGUGUGAUCCGCGUGAAGUUUGUCAACGACCUGGGUGUGGACGAGGCCGGCAUCGACCAGGACGGCGUCUUCAAGGAGUUCCUGGAAGAGAUCAUCAAGAAAGUCUUCAAUCCGGCUCUCAACCUCUUUAAGACCACCAGUGGCAAUGAGAGGCUGUACCCCUCCCCUACGUCCUACAUCCACGAGAACCACCUGCAGCUCUUUGAGUUUGUGGGGAAGAUGCUCGGAAAAGCCAUGUAUGAGGGUAUCGUGGUAGAUGUACCCUUCGCCUCCUUCUUCCUCGGCCAGGUCAUGGGCCACCAUCACAGCACUUUCUACAGCUCCAUUGACGAGCUGCCCUCCCUGGACUCUGAGUUCUACAAGAACCUCACCUCCAUUAAGCGCUACGACGGGGAUGUUGGUGAUCUAGGACUGACGCUAUCGUAUGACGAGGAUGUUAUGGGACAGCUGGUCUGUCAUGAGCUGAUUCCUGGAGGAAAGACGAUGCCAGUCACCAAUGAAAACAAGAUCAGCUAUAUCCACCUGAUGGCGCACUUCCGCAUGCACACGCAGAUAAAAGAGCAAACGGCAGCUUUCAUCCGAGGGUUCCGCAGCAUCAUCAACCCAGAGUGGCUGCACAUGUUCUCCACCCCCGAGGUCCAGCGCCUCGUCUCCGGGGACAACGCCGAGAUAGAUCUGGAUGACCUCAAGAAACACACAGUGUACUAUGGAGGUUUCCACAGCAGCCAUCGGGUCAUCAUCUGGCUGUGGGACAUCCUGUCCAGUGACUUCUCCUCUGAGGAAAGGGCCAUGUUCCUCAAGUUUGUCACCAGCUGUUCGAGACCACCCCUCCUGGGUUUUGCCUACCUCAAGCCCCCUUUCUCCAUUCGCUGUGUGGAGGUGUCCGAUGAUCAGGACACGGGGGACACCCUGGGCAGUGUCCUGCGGGGUUUCUUCACCAUCCGGAAGAAGGAGCCUGGCGGCCGCCUCCCCACCUCAUCCACCUGCUUCAACCUGCUCAAGCUGCCUAACUACAGCAAGAAAAGCAUCCUGCGUGACAAGCUCCGCUAUGCCAUCAGUAUGAACACAGGUUUUGAGCUCUCCUAAAAUAAACUCCCCCCUGCUCGUGGUCUGCUGCCAGCAAGACUAAAGGAUAAACAACUAAAGAGCAUCCUCCUUACCCAGGCUAAGGGUGGCAGCCGGUCAAGUCAGUGGAGCUUCACCAAAGCUGAAGGCGAAACAAAUAGGAUACCCCCUUACCUUUAUCCCAGUCUAGGAAACCAGAAGAGCGCCACCCUCUUUUACCCCAAUCAGUCUGGAUUCUGGAAACUCCACCCACCCCAAGGGCUUUCAACCCUAUUUGCUGCCUGUGCAACCAUGGUAACUUAUGUUCUGACCAGUGGCAGUCAUUGCCCAUGUGAGUUUAUUUCACUUUUUUUCUAGACAAGUAGCUGAAGAAAUUGUGGGAACAGCACAAUUGAAACAGUCUCUCUUUACUCUCACACACCCGAAAACCAAAUCCAUGCUAAUAAUCGUAACAAGGAGGAAUGUUUAACCUAACACAUUGCUGAACUAAAAUGGCUCAGUGUCUUACUAUUUCUUCUCAGGCUUAACAGAACGAUACUUGGAUCUAGCACUCCCACGUCAAACAAACUGGAAAGCAAUAUAGAUGCAAUGCAAGCGAUUACACGCGAUAGACUCCACACUGGAGCAAAAUCAUAUGAAGCUUUGUUCUACCUGCUGGAACAGGAUGUUAUCCGAGCAACUGUCCGCUGUCAUUCGGCGAGUCUUAAUAACCUUGUUUUUAACAUGACGGAAGCACCUUUUCAUAAAGAGACGACAAAUCACCGCCUCGUGUUCAACGACAAGUUCUGACCACGGAGAUGUGGUCACGUGUUGGCGCAAGUGUCAUAUCUGUUUAUUGUCCCUCGUGGGUUAAUUAGGGAAUUAAAUCCUGACGAUCUGUCUCUCUCCCCAUACACACACACACACACACUACAGUCCGUCACCUGACAACAGCUUUGGAGCCUGUAUGUCUCUGUUCUCUAAUGUAUUCAAAUUAGAAUUCAUGUUACACAGCAAUGCAUUUGUGACCCAAAGUGAUGCCAUCAAUACUUAAACCAAACUCCAUGCCGUUAUUUGAUACCAGAUGUCCCCGUUAUCUUCUGUCAUGGUUCCGGAGUCUCUUGUCUUGUCGCGUUUGAAAAUGGAUAAUACAGUGGCUCUGUUUUAAAAAAAAUAUGUUUUGCUGUGAAAUAUCUGGGUCCUAUAACUACAGCGGACACAACAUUGACAACCAUUGUUUUUUCUACUUUGCAUGUCCCUAAUUGUGACAUUCCCAAACGAAUCUGUUACAGUGAAGUCAAUCAUGAACAUUUCUCUAUAUCCACUAGGAUUGGCCAUGCCUCUUGGAAUGGAAUCAAGCCAUGAACACAGGACAAGGACUUGAGCCUGCUUACAGACAAAAGUCCCAUGCUCCCUUUACCGCCACUGAACCGUCCAACCCAGGAAGGUUUGGUGUCAAGCAUGUACUGAUUCUCCCUUGUGUCUGGUAACCUUACAGCCACGUGGAAAAGGGGAUACACAGGGAGCAAACCAUACUAUUUGUCAUGGGCUGGUUGAUCAUGUGAAUCUGAAAGCAUUGCUUGUGUGUCUCUCUCUAACCUCUCCUUUCUUACCUACUCUCUCUUGCACAUAUAACCCUGCUCUUUUUGUGAGGGGGAGGGCACACAUUUUUUUUCUUCUAAAGAUCGGAAAUAAUUAUACCAUGCAAAACGUCAAAGGAGCAAAUAAAAAGAGACAAUUUGGGGCAGUUGUUAGUGACGUGUAGUUCCAACGUCAAGGUGUUUGCAGACGAGGCAGCAAAGGGUCCUGAGUUUUAAUAAUGUGAAAGAUGAACAGGCUGAUUUAAAAGCAAUAGCCUAUUUGUUGAUUCAGUAUUUUAUGCAAAACUGUUUCAUGAGGGGUGUACAUGUGUGCGCUGAGCGGUUGUCAGAACCAUAGACAUGGCUCUGGUUGUGGUCAUAAAAAAAGGGAAUUAAAGCCUUUUUAAGCACCAUUAAUAACUAUCUCUUAUAUAUCCUGGCCACUGGUUAACAUAACUCAGUUCUGAUGAUUAUACAGGCAUGUUAUGGGCAUUACACAAGGUUCUAUAUGGUUUUGUACUGCUUUACUAACUGAAAUCUGCUUGAUUUGUCUGUGUAUAGGAAUAUUAAGGGGGUACAACAUACCUGUACAGGCAUUUCCCCCCAUUUAUAAAUGCUAUUAAUCUCAUUGACAAAUAGAAAUGACCAUUUGUCUUAGUGACUCUAUGGGAAGACUUUACCUCAAUGUUCAGUCUGUUGUGAUCACUGCGAUAUAUUUCCUUUACUUCCCAAGGACCUCUGACGAAUCAUUCGCUUACAAAAAAAGAUUGCAGUUUUGAAACUGCACUAAAAAUGCAGUAACUGCAGUCGACUGGUACCUUUGAACUGCAGUUACACUGCAAAAUUACUGCAGUAAAACAAAAGUAUUAUUUUGGACGCAGUAUUUGCAGCAUACUGUAGUUAUACUACAAUCUGACUGCAUCUUUUUCACUUCAGUGGUGCCAGUCUGACUACAGUUACCCAUUUUAUUUCAAUCAAUUGUUUCAGCAUCCUGAAAUGGGUUAGAAAUGAGUCAUGGAAUGGAAAUGGUCAGUGUCCCAGAGAACACUGGAAGAUACCUCACAAGCUCUGUCUGGUGUUUUAAUGGGGGCACUCCAUUUUAAACGAUGUCAUGAAAUCUCGCUAUAUCUUUUUAUGAAUUAGAAGAAAAAUAAAUCCAGGAAAUGUGCUACAUACUUCUAUGAAAGUACUGUCCCCUCACAAUCUGUGAAGUGUCUUUGGGAACUGGUUGCACUAUGUGAAAUGCAGGUAAUUGAAAACUCAAUUUCAAUGUAAAACAUGUUUGUGUAAGAUACUAUUUAUUCUGUAAAAACAGUAACAUAAUUGUUAACCAUAAUUAUUCUAAAAACUUUACUUAUCAACUGAA